UGCGCGGGAGGCGGCGGCGGCGGCGGUGCCGCACAGCCGCUGGUGCCGGUCCCGGCGGGGGCAUGAGGCGCGCGGGGCGGGCGGGCGGCGGCGCGGCAGAGCGCGGGUCGGCGCGGCCCUGAGCGGAGCCUCCGCGCCGCGCUGCGCUCCCGCUGCGCGACUAUGGCCGGGGGAAGGCGAGGGCUGGUGGCGCCUCAGAACACGUUCCUGGAGAACAUCGUGCGAAGGUCUAACGAUACUAAUUUUGUCCUGGGUAAUGCCCAGAUCGUGGAUUGGCCCAUUGUCUACAGCAAUGAUGGAUUUUGCAAGUUAUCAGGAUAUCACAGAGCAGAAGUUAUGCAAAAAAGCAGCACCUGCAGUUUUAUGUAUGGAGAGCUGACAGACAAAGAUACAAUUGACAAGGUCCGGCAAACAUUUGAGAACUAUGAGAUGAACUCCUUUGAAAUCUUGAUGUACAAGAAGAACAGAACACCUGUCUGGUUCUUUGUGAAAAUUGCUCCAAUUCGAAACGAGCAGGAUAAAGUGGUUUUAUUUCUUUGCACUUUCAAUGACAUAACGGCUUUCAAGCAGCCCAUUGAGGAUGAUUCAUGUAAAGGUUGGGGGAAGUUUGCCCGCUUGACCCGUGCCCUCACGAGCAGCCGAGGAGUGCUGCAGCAGCUUGCUCCCAGCGUGCAGAAAGGAGAGAACGUUCACAAGCACUCAAGACUUGCUGAGGUAUUGCAGCUGGGUUCUGAAAUCCUCCCACAGUACAAACAAGAGGCACCAAAGACUCCACCGCAUAUAAUUUUGCAUUAUUGUGUAUUCAAGACUACCUGGGACUGGAUCAUCCUUAUUUUAACCUUCUACACUGCUAUUUUGGUCCCUUACAAUGUCUCCUUUAAAACCAAGCAGAACAACGUGGCAUGGCUAGUAGUGGACAGCAUUGUAGAUGUCAUUUUUCUGGUCGACAUUGUGCUCAAUUUCCACACCACCUUUGUGGGGCCAGCAGGAGAGGUGAUCUCUGACCCCAAGCUGAUUCGCAUGAAUUACCUGAAGACCUGGUUUGUGAUUGAUCUGCUCUCCUGCCUGCCAUAUGAUGUCAUCAAUGCAUUUGAGAAUGUCGAUGAGGGCAUCAGUAGCCUCUUCAGUUCCCUCAAAGUGGUCAGGCUGCUCCGGCUGGGCCGCGUGGCUCGGAAGCUGGACCACUACAUCGAGUACGGGGCGGCCGUGCUGGUGCUGCUGGUGUGCGUGUUCGGCCUGGCGGCGCACUGGCUGGCCUGCAUCUGGUACAGCAUCGGCGACUACGAGGUCAUCGACGAGGACACCAACACCAUCCGCACCGAGAGCUGGCUCUACCAGCUGGGAGAGUCCAUAGGCACUCCCUACCGCUUCAACACCUCCGGCUUCGGCAAGUGGGAGGGCGGGCCGAGCAAAGAUUCCGUCUACAUCUCCUCGCUGUACUUUACAAUGACCAGCCUCACCAGUGUGGGAUUCGGGAACAUCGCCCCCACGACAGAUGGGGAGAAGAUCUUCGCUGUGGCUAUGAUGAUGAUUGGCUCCCUUCUAUAUGCCACCAUUUUUGGUAAUGUGACAACCAUAUUUCAGCAAAUGUACGCUAACACGAACAGAUACCAUGAAAUGCUGAACAGCGUCAGGGACUUUUUAAAGCUCUACCAGGUCCCCAAAGGACUGAGUGAACGUGUGAUGGAUUACAUUGUUUCCACCUGGUCAAUGUCCCGAGGAAUAGAUACUGAAAAGGUCUUGCAGAUUUGCCCCAAGGACAUGAGAGCAGAUAUCUGUGUUCACCUGAACCGCAAGGUUUUCAAGGAGCACCCUGCCUUCAGGCUGGCCAGCGACGGCUGCCUGCGGGCACUGGCCAUGGAAUUCCAGACGGUGCACUGUGCUCCGGGAGACCUGAUCUACCAUGCCGGGGAGAGCGUCGACAGCCUUUGCUUCGUGGUCUCAGGCUCCUUGGAAGUGAUCCAGGAUGAUGAAGUCGUUGCCAUAUUAGGCAAAGGAGACGUUUUUGGUGAUGUGUUCUGGAAGGAGUCGACUCUCGCCCAGUCCUGUGCUAAUGUAAGGGCUUUGACUUACUGUGAUCUUCAUGUGAUUAAAAGGGAUGCCUUGCAGAAAGUGCUGGAGUUCUACACAGCCUUUUCACACUCCUUCUCCAGAAAUCUCAUUUUGACCUACAACUUGAGAAAAAGGAUUGUGUUCCGGAAAAUCAGCGACGUCAAGCGGGAAGAAGAGGAGAGGAUGAAGAGGAAGAACGAAGCACCUCUGAUCUUACCCCCGGACCACCCGGUGCGGCGGCUGUUCCAGAGGUUCAGGCAGCAGAAGGAAGCGCGGCUUGCAGCGGAGAGGGGCCGAGAUCCGGAUGACCUGGAUGUGGAAAAGGGCAAUGCAGUUGGGGAGCAAUCCUCUGCGCGCGCAGUGGUCAAGGCCAGCGUUGUGACCGUCCGGGAGAGCCCGGCGACCCCCGUGUCGUACCAGCCCGCCUCCACCUCCGGGGCCUCCGACCAGGCCAAGCUGCAGGCCCCGCCAUCGGACCACGCGGCGUGUAAGGCGGCGGGGGACUACCCCCGGCGGAAAGGCUGGGCCAAGUUCAAGGAAGCCUGUGGGAAGGGCGAAGACUGGAACAAGGUCUCCAAAGCAGAGUCCAUGGAGACUUUACCUGAGAGAACUAAAGCUUCAGGAGAAGCUACCUUGAAGAAGACAGACUCUUGUGACAGUGGCAUUACAAAAAGUGACUUGCGCUUGGAUAACGCCGGGGAGACGAGAAGCCCGCAGGACCACAGCCCGGUCCUCACCGAGGUCAAGCAUUCCUUUUAUCCCAUCCCAGAACAGACUCUUCAGGCCACCAUGCUAGAAGUGAAACAUGAGUUGAAAGAGGACAUCAAGGCUUUAAAUACAAAAAUGACCAAUAUAGAAAACCAGCUUGCUGAGAUACUUAGGAUAUUGACCUCAAGAAGAAGCUCCCAGUCACCCCAGGAGUUGUUUGAAAUAUCAAGGCCCCAGUCUCCAGAAUCAGAAAAAGACAUGUUUGGAGCUAGCUGAGGUGUUUCUUUUUAAAAACAAACAAACCAACAAACAGAGAAACAGCCCCCUAACACUUUACAUUUAAUCUUUCUUGAAAACAAGUGAGGGAUCCGUUCACUAAGCAUGUUCCCUCUGUCUAAAAAGGUAUGGUAACAGGAAUUUCAACCUCAUGUCAAGAUGGCAGCUGACUUUGAAGCCUUUUUGACAGCAAGGGUACAGUUUCUAAAGUUUUUCUUUCCUCCCUUUGUCCUCAUUCCCCCCCCAGCCCCCUCCUCUCCCUCGGGAUGUUGGAAUAAGAAUUCUGACAGCAGCAGCCAUCCCUGUGAGCCCCAGGUGAUCUCUGAGGUUUUUGGAGCAUGCCUUAUGUCCUUAGCUCGGGUUAUGCCUAUAUGAAUAAGCACUUUGCUAGGGUGCUUAUAUUUUCAGUGUUUGGUGGGUUGUUUGUUUUUUUUUGUUUUGUUGCUGCUGUCACUGUCUCAGUCACCUCUACAGCACCUUGGAUGUCACAGUAUAUUUUCAUAAAGCUGUAAUAAUGCAAAGAGCAGUAGGAGACAUGUAUUUCAUUGGGUGCUGAAGUUUCUUUUGGGUAGUCAGGGAAGGGCUAAUAAGAUGAAAAAGAUUGUGCUUUUUAAUUUCAAACUGACAUAUUGCUAGAACAAUUACAUUUGGCAACAUUUUCAAAAAUAGCCACAGUAUUUCAGAUCUAUUAAUAAAUGGGAUCUUCCACACUGUCAUUUGCUGAAUCAAGAAUAUGUUUUUUUCAAAACUUUUGAUGUUUUUUCAAAAACUUGCCUUCUGUCUCAUAUGUCUUUCAACAUUUGAUUCAACUCCAGCUGCUGGAGGGUUGGGUGUGCAGUGUACCUGAGAGCAGCCCUCGGCACAGCAUAUUUGAAACAUCACUAACAAGUCCUGCAGAUUUGCCUCCCAAUGAAAAUAUACUGUGGCAUUUAUGUCCUGUUCUGCUAAGAAUCUGCUCUUUUAAUUCUUGUUAAAUUAUUAUUCAGAAGUUUCUGUUUUGAUAAUGUUCAUUGAAGCCAAAGGCUUUCACAGAAUUUUUAAUAAUUUCAGAUGGUGGCAUUUUCCUCUACAUCCAGAUGUAUUGUUCCUGAUCUAAUCUAGCUUGGAAGCAAAUGGAUAGUAGAGGCAGAAAUUCAGUGCUUACUGUAUGCAAGUGCUAUUGUAGCAAGGAAACAAAGAGAUCUGCUUCUUAAAGAAGGAGAUGUUUCCAAAACUUAUAUUUUCAUAACUUUUUUCAGAGGAAGAUUGAAGCACUUUACCAAAACUACUCUUCAUUAUUCAUAUGGGGUAGUAUAGAUGGUAUCACGACUUGUGUUCUCACCUUGGGAUACAGGUGUAUAUUCACAAUACAUUCACUCCACUGAUCUGGUAUGUUCACUGCUUAACAGCAGCUUAGGUCUCAGAAGCAUGGUGCCAUACCACACUUUAAGGGGUUUUCAUCUUUAAUGUCAACAGGUCUUAACGCUGUGUGUGUUAAGUCUCAUUCUUUUUCCUUGGUACUAAAUCAUUUACAAAGAAACACAGGAUUUUUUGGGGGGAAUAUUUUUGUUCAUGUUAAGUACAGAAGAGGCAAGAAAAAUGAUCAAUUUUAGUGAUUUCUGCUGGCCUGAUGCUUGCACAGUGCAAUGCAGAACAGUGUCAGACAUCCCUGGGGAGCUGGGACGUCCACUGAUGACUGGCACAGUGGUGAGGCUGUGCUGUGCAAAGCUCCCAGCUCAGGUCCUGCUGUCAAGAGUGUUUGUUUGUACCUGUUCCUGCAGUAACUGCCCUUGCUCUCAAAGAUAACAAUUAUUCCAAGCGCAGAACCACCAUUUCUAAAUCCAGAGGCAGGUGGUUUAGGAUUGGCUUUUAUUGUCUUACUCCUUGGUUUGGUAUGGAGGUGCCCACAGACUGUGAAUUCAUACCCAAGGAUUUAAAUACUCUUGAGAAACAACUCUCGGACUUCAGAUCUGUAGGUUACCUUCUUCCCUCCCACAAGAAAAGGCAAGCAGGGAGGUGAGUUGCUCUGAAACCAAGAAGCUACUUCCUCAACUUAUUUCUGGUUCCAUGUUUAGGUUUUUCCAGUGGUACCUGGUGUCUUUUGCAGUUGCUCACUGCAGACCUGCAGUGCUGAGGAAGGCACUCUCUGACCAAAGCCACACAGUUUGUGUUUGGUGCUUUAAUCACUGUAAGUGGCAGCAGUUACCUGCAACAGCAAUGGCAUGGCUGCCACAGAAACCCAUCCAUCCACAGUUUCUGUGAGAAACUUUGUCAUGACUUUUUUUCCUUUCUAGUCUUCUUAGACAGUGACUACUACCUAAGUAAACCCCAGGUGUACCGAUACACAAGGAUUUGUAAUUGAUUUCCAGCAAGUUUUUAGAGACUUCCUUGGAAUCAGGUUCCUGAUCCAGGCAAAUUCCUCACCAGCAUGAUAUUCAUGAUACUUUUCUUCAUAAAAUUUUUGAAAGGCUGAAGGUCUUAGCAAAUCCUUUGUGAAAGCGUCACCCAUUUACCUGCAGUUGGAUAAACAUGGACCUGAGGUUAUCCCAGGUGGACAAGGGAGGAAAUGUUUACGACCUCCCAGGUAUGUGCCUAGUAUCUCCAGAAUUGCAGUGCAAACCUAAAAGUAAAUGCGCAGCUGCAGGUUACCUGGCCCUUUGUUGCUGAUACUGAAUUGAUGUCUCUCAGUGAUAUUUUUGUGUGCCCUCAGGGAUAUGUUAAAGGUUAUUCUGCUGUUGUUGAUUGCCUAGCCUGGAAUCCCAGCAGGACCAGCCCCAGAAGCCCCCUAAUUUUAAUAACUACCGAGGCCUGUGAACAAAGGCAGACAAGUUCCCAUUUUCUGGGGAUGCUCCUUGUGUAGCCUGAUGCUCAGAAUGAUACCAAACCCCUCCCUACCCUGUAUAACAGUGGUUGGGUGAACCCAGUUAUUUUCUAAGGCUUUUUUCAGGCUCUUACAAUGGCCUAUAAAGACAUUUAUUAUUUGUAAAGCCCUCAAAGAUUGUAACACACACCUGAAUUCUACUUAAAACUUAAUGUCUUUGAAGAUUAUGGCCAAAUUUAACUUUGCUAUGGUCAUGAAAUGGCAGAGAAACUUUGCUUGCUCCUUACAAUGACACCUACAGGGUGUCUGCUCCAGGUGAGCCCUGACAGGAGUCAAUGUCAGUCAGACCUGCACAGCUGUAGCUGAGAUUAGGCCCAUUAUUUUGAACUGUCAGACACUAAAACUGGUUGUAAGAGAGUGCAUUAUCCCUCAGCAACCUGUAUUUGUUGUAAGUCAAUUUGAAAAAAAAAAAAAAAAACCGUCUAGGAUGAGUUUUGGUGUUUGGAUUCCCUGUACUACUGAGUGGUUAAAAAAUGAACAAAUCCAAGCCCAUUCCUUUGAACCCCAGACUAAUCUGAACCUAUGCUAUGGUGCUCAGGCUCUGCUGAUGCAGCACUUUUCCUUUAAAGAGUGGCUAAAUGCCCCUGUGUUACAAAUCUCUUUCUCCACUGAGCCUUACACUCAGACAGAUGCCUAUGGCUGGAUGGCAUAUGGACACAUCAAAAAUGGUUUUAGUUCUUUGAUUUUAUUUGUCAGCUUUUCCUUUUUCUCUUGUUUCUCUCUACAUGUUGGUUAAGGCUUUUCACUUAAAUUAUUUUCCAGCUUAGUAACUGAAGGAUCUCUGAAAAUAAGACUCUGCCCCUUCACAAGCGAAUGCUUGCAGAUAGUAUAAAGAAAAAACCCAAACAAAACCCAAAGCCUCAGUUUUAAUUGUGUUCUGGCAUAGUGCUUCUGCCAUUUAACAACCUGCUAAACGACCUGCAUCAUUCUAAAAGAGAUGAUGUGUUCCAUUUUGACUAUAUGUGUAAUUAAAUUUCAGCCAAAAGAAGGUAGUUGAGAGAAGGAGACUGUAUUAUGAUUUGGUCAAAUGGGAACUUCUGAAAGUUCGUGCUCAAAUGGUUACAAAGAAUACAAAUACGCAGCACAUGAAAAAGGAUUAAAAAAGCAAACCCCAGCCCUCACCCCUGCCUUGUUCAGAUACACUUACUUCUGUCUGGUAUUACAAGUAUACGUUUGAAAACACCAUUCUUCCUUUAAAUCUCUUCCACAGUUCUGCCCUGAACCCCAGCGAACACCCUGUUUAACAGCUUCGAAGGUGAUGUUCUGUUUCUACAGCACUUCCCUUUAAUGAACUGAACAAGAUACUUACUGUGACUAUCUGGUGAUAUGUUUUCAAUCACUCUUAACCAGUCUGUGAAAAAAUUGACUACAUAAUUUGUCUUUACUAUAUAAACAACAAGGUGUAUGAUUACGCUUGUGCAGAUGCGUGUACAUACACACACGUAUAUAUAAUAUCUAUGUAUAGAUAAGUCUAUGGAUUGCAUUUCUGUUAAGUAAAAGCACAUUCCUCAUUGAUUCCAGUCCAAGAAGGGAGCUUAAAUCUUCCCAGUAGACAUCCACUGAGUGUCCUGUUAGUGUCUGGUUUGUUAACUGUUGAACUUUUAAGGCCAUGAUUUUUGAUUUUUCUAGCUGGCCUCAACUUCAUACUGUGAGUCUGGUAAAUAGUGUGACUAAGAGAAGAUCUGGUGAGGGUCACAAUAGUCAGGAAAGAGAAAUCCAUGUGAAAUUGAAAAAAUGCUGUAUCCUCGUUGGUGGGGAUAAGGCUCAUAAACUGGUGUUUGUUGCUCACAGUAUCUCUGAAGCCAGGCUGCCCUGGGGGUGUUUCUCAUGGCUUUUCCUGCAAGAGAGGUGGUGGAAUAGAUGGAUUUAUUUUUUUCUGGUACCAGGGGUUGUCUCAAAGGUGCUGAGCCUAUCCUUCUUCUCAUGGGCAGCGUAACACACGGUUGCUGCACCUCUGCUUUCUUGUCCUGGUGUUAGGUGGCAAAAAGCAUCUUCUAUUGAAUUUUUCAUUUCCACAUAGUCUCCUGUGGGUGUAUUGGCAAUAACAAAGUCUGUGUUUUUGCUGCACUUGUGAUACAUCAAGACAAACCUUUUAGAGAGAGUCCCAUGCAGGGGGAGCUCCAGAAAUUUGAGGUGAGGCACAGUAGGAUACUGUAUCCUCCAAUCGGACAUCAUUUUGACCACAUUGUUGUGGGAAGCAUCGAUUCAAUUAAAUAAAAAUAAAGCUUUUUUUGCAAUAAGAUAUAUCCAGCAUUUAGCCUUAAGACCCUUUCAUAAGUGAUAUAACUCAAACUGUGAUUCCAUUCUUCUUCCUUCUCAAUGUUCUGUAGUAUUUACAGUGUUGCCUAAAGAUGAAGCACUUUGAUUAGCUUUCUAAAUCUAAUGGAAAUCACUUGCUGGUAAUCACAUUUCUUUCUCCACUUAUUGCCUUCUUAUUAGGAUAAUUAAUUACUCCAAUUGCCCUCUCCCCUCAUAAAACAAAGAGACAUAGCUAUUGUCUUAACACUUUUGUAUAUCAGGGAGCUAACCUGUCAUAUUGCAAAAGUGUUUCAGAGGCUUUUUUUUUUUACAGAUCAACAAAGCUAAUGUGAAUUUACCUGCAACUGUAGUUUGUUUCAAGCUGAUUGUUGAGUGUUGUGUAAACAUAUUUGAUGUGUAAUCCCAGAACAUCUCUGUAACCGGAUCCAAAUGCCUGAUAUUAACAAAACAGUUCGGGGUUUUCACUAACUGUUCUGAAAGGCUCAUGGGUUUCUUUCUUCUUCCCACUAAAUCUGUGACCACUAACAUAGAAAAAGAAUCAUUUUAGCUGUAGAUGAAAGAAGUUCAAUAAUCUUGUAUCAGGAUGAACUGCUAUAUAAAGAAAUACCAAGUUUUCCAAUGAAUGUGUUAUAUUAUUGUACCUACAUACAAUCAAUAUUUGUACAUCUGUUGGAGACCUGUCUGCGUUUCAAUAUUUAGCCACCACUGCAUGGACACUUGAUUGAUAUGCAGUUAAUGCAGUUGCUUUGGCGCUUUUCAAUGUACUUCACUUGUUUUUAUCCUUUCAGAAAUCCACCAAAUACUCUCAGUUCUUUUUCUUUGCAUUUGUCACUUUGUUCAAUGAAGCAUGACUAGAAACAGAGAAUGAGUAGAUACUAUUUUUGUGGUCAGCAAAGCAGCUGCCAGUAGAUAGACAGUGUGUGUAUGUAUGUAUGUAUACGCACUGUCUGGGAAUGUUUCAGAUACAAAUGCAGCCACUUCCAUUAAUGAUAUCCCUAGUCAACAUUUUUAAACAAGCACAAAUAAUAUUUGUAAAAAAAGAAGUUUAAUUUUAUUUAUUAUAGUAAUAAACUAUUUUAUACAUUACAGUUGCUUUGGUGUGCUUUUCUCUGUGUUUACUAUGUGCUCAUAAGAUCAGCAAGGAGGUUUUAAAUUACUCUCUGGAACUUCUGGCUAGCAGUUUUGUUGCUGUUGGUUUGUAUCUCAAGUGUUAUCAGUGGAGCAAUGGGAUAUUAUUGCCUUGGUUGUAAAUGAUUCAGGUUGUUUUUCAGAUUUCUUUCUGCUGUGUAUCAGUGCAAAGGGAUUCACAUUUCCAGGCUCACUGUAAACUAAACUCAGGUGCCCUUUAAAGUGAAUAUCCUGACACCCCAGGCAGUGUCCUGUGCUGUGGACCUCAGUCUAGCCCAGGUAUCUGCUGAACAAAAAGAGAUCACCAGAGGACUGGCUGUGACUGUCUGAAAUGAUCAUCCCAUGUCCUGAAGGUACACAUGUCUGUAGCUGGUCUGUGUUUUGGACUGUGUUCACUGCUGCAGUAUCUGAGAACUUUUACAAAACUCAUGGAAACCAGAGAUCAAAGAACCUUCUGCUUUCCCGUCAUCUGCUUGCAGAAGAAAGUGACCUCACCACGGACUUGCACAAAGACAAACCCCACAGAGGAUGCCCCUGGCAGUGACACUGCUGCAACAGGCAGCAAUGAAUAUUAUUUUGUUGGCUACCUCAGCAAAGGAUAACCAAAGGUCAUGGGAAUGGGAGAUCCUUUCAGAUCAGGAUGGACACACAUGACAGGAUCACAGCCAGCAGGCCAGAAGCCAUGCUGGAAGUUCAUAAAAAGUUUUAGUCUUCAGGAUGUCAGCCUGGGCCCUGGGAGCUUUGCAGUCAUUUUUGUGGCUCAUUCUCCAUCCUCUCACCCAGGGGUCUGGUGAAUGUGAUUGUCACCUGUGCUAAGACACUCCAUGCGAUUGUCAAUCUCAUCUCCAAAAGAACAGCAAUAAAGCAGGAGCUUUCAGACUGCCGAGCUGGGGCAGAACUGUACGGAGAGCAGCCAAGGAGCACAAUGAGGAGCUAUUUUUAACACCAUUUCUGCAUCCACUGUCGUAUGUGGUGUGACAGGAGCUCUCGUCACUUGCAUUGUUUCUCUGGCCAGUGUGAAAAUCCAGCUUUCUUUUGCAUUAUGUUAUACAGUGUCCUUAUACUUACUAGAAAAGGCAAAAUUACCAUAGUGAAGGCAUGUACUUUCACUUGGUUUUUUUUGUUUUAUUGUGUGGGGUAUUUUUUGUUUUGUUUUAUUUUGGCUGGAUUUUUUUUGGUUUGUUUUUUUUUCUUUUUUUCUUUUUUUCAGAUCUCUAGAGGCUGUUGUGCUCAUUUUCUGAAUUCUUUAUUAUUUUCUUUGCUCCUGCAUUCUUCGCAGCCUCUCUGGCAGUGCUCCAAGCUUCAGUGAGCUCAGGAGGGGUAGCACCAGCCACACAAUGCUCCCCAUCAGAGUUUCUCUCCCCUCAGCAGCCUCACAGCAUUUCAAACCAAGGAUAAUUAACUAGAGCACUUUUUGCCCAGAUUUAUGUGCCAGAUUGCAAAGGUUCGUGUUCUGCACGCUGCCUGCCAGCCCUGUGCUCAGCUGGGCAGCAGCAGCCCCAGCAGCUGCGAGCAGCCUCGGGCCCACCUGCACCAGCCCCUGCUCCUCACUCCCUCCACCUGGGAGCACAUUCACAGCAAGGACAGAAGGUUUCUAAAGCACAGUGUGGUGUGGCUUUUGAUUUUUCUCAGAAAUAGCUGCAGGUUCUUCUGUUCGGUCAUGAAUUAGUGUGCAGCUGCUGGGGACCCCUGUCAGGGGGUGUGCGGUCCUGGGCAGCAGCAGGAACUCCCAGGGACAGUCAGCAGGGCAUCAGCUUGUGGGGAGAUGAGUGCUGUCUACACAGUUUGAAGUUCUGCAUUUGGUAAUGGAGGCUCUUGAGUUGCUCUGUGGUGCAUUUUAGUAUCCGUGUUAAACUUGGAAGCACUCUGUCUCUGGUGCUCCCUGUCUCUGAUGCUUUUUUGCAGUGGAGUAAAGACAAGCAGCAUAAACCAGCUUUUCUGUGCUGUGAGAGCCAGUGGGACUGAACUGCAGCAAAUCCCUCCCCCUCACACAUGUGUGCAAUAGCAAUGGGUUUUAUUUGCUCCCAGAGCACUGAGGAAACCUCAAAACUAUUCCUGUUCAGUGUGUGCCUGGUGCAGGACAAUGCUCAGGAGACCCUACCAAAACUCGGGGAGAGCACUGAACCCCUCACCCAGUGGGAAGGGACCACUGUGCCCCAACACUGAGGCUGAGGAGACCUUGGCUCAUUAGUGGCUCUCUGUGCUUGCCUUCUGCUCCAGGAGUUAGGCUGGUUAGUAAGGCUGUGUAUCCAACCAGAAAAUUCUGGGAAGGAUGCUGUGUUGCUAUGGUAUUUAUUGCUGCCAGUGGUGUCAGGGGUUUAAUUGCAACACACAUAUAAAGACUCUCAGCCAAUACAAGUCUUUUACACCUAGAAGAUUGAGUCUGUGCUUCUUUUGUUCUAAUUCACCACAAGUUCCGUGUUGGUAUGUGGCAGCUGGGGGAAUUAACCUCUCCUGUUCUUGAAAGACAGGAUGAGUAAAAACCUGUGAGAAAUCCAAAAAAAGGCAUUAGGGAAAGUGAACUUCUGAAGUCUGUCAGAAGUAGCUAUCAAGAUGCUCGUGCACAGCUGUUUCUGUAAAAUACAUGUGCUCAAGCCUUGUCUUUUUGCUUUUUUUUCCUUUCCUUUUCCAUUCCUGUUUCCCCUUUCCUAAUUAAGUUCAAGUCCUUAUGUAGCACAGCCAAAUUCAAAUUUAAGUUGCCCCAUGGCACAGGUGUGGGUUUAAAACAAGCUUAACUUUGGCAACUCCAUCCAUCAUUACCAAUUCCGAAGCUUUCUCCCUGCAGCCCCACUUUAAGUACGUAUGGAGGCAGGAGUGUCUGAGAGACCCUGAAGAUGUUUUGGCUCUUUUUUAGCCUUGCUCACUUGUAGAGAUUUUCUUGAAGAUGUUUCUGUUCAGAUAGAUGAGGGAUGAGGGAAAGUAUGAGCUUUGCUGUUAAUUCCUACCUGGGUGGGACACAGAGCCCCUGUAAAUGUCACUGCAGUUUCUAUGUGCAAAUCCGAGGGGGUUGUGCUUUUGCACUGGAAUUUUCUUCCACAUUCCCAAUCUCCCAGCUUACAAAACUGGGGUCAGAAAGAAAAUGUGCUGGAGUAUCUGCUACACAUGUGGAUUUUCUGUAAAAGGAAGAUUAUGGCCUCUUCUCCAUCAGGAGCUGCCACUGGGGGGAAAUGCUAAGCAGCAGCAGCAGCACAGGGAGUG